GUACCGGAGAGCUUUUCAAUUCUAAUAAAAUAAAAAUAUAUCUAGACGGGAAAGGAAAAAUCUGAAUCAAGAGAUGAAGAUGAAUCAACAUCCAAUGGCAAUUCUAUUAUUCUUUUUCUUCUCUCUCAUCAUCCAUUCACGCUGCGUUGUUCCCUCAAUCAGACUUCCCGGCGGAUCAACCUCUUUCUCCGUCACCGACUUCGGAGCCAUCGGCGAUGGAGUCCACUACGACACUGCAGCGAUUCAAUCCGCUAUUAACAGCUGCCCCUCGCCGGUCCGCUGCUACGUUAUAUUCCCGCCGGGUACCUACCUGACCGCGACGAUAUGGCUUCAAUCCGGCGUCGUAUUGGACAUCCAACCUGGCGCCACCGUGCUUGCCGGAACGAGGAUGGAGGACUAUCCCAUGGAUUCGUCGAGGUGGUACGCGGUGGUGGCGGAGAACGCGAGCGAUGUCGAGAUCAUCGGCGGAGGCGUGGUGGAUGGGCAGGGGCUGAAAUUCGUGGAGAAGUUCGAUAAGAGGAAGAACGUGAUGGUGAGUUGGAACAAGACCGGGGCGUGCUAUGGCGAUGAGUGCAGGCCGGAUCUGAUUGGGUUCAUCGGGUCGAAGAAUGUUAGGGUUUCGAAUGUUAGUUUGAAUCAGCCUGCUCACUGGUGCUUGCACCUGGUUCNAUGUGAGAACACAAUCAUCGAAGAUGUUUCAAUUUAUGGAGAUUUCGAUACACCAAACAACGACGGGAUUGAUAUUGAAGACUCCAAUAAUACCUUCAUUACAAGGUGCAGAAUCGACACUGGGGAUGAUGCAAUCUGCCCCAAAGCAUCUAAUGGCCCUGUCUUCAACUUAACUGCCACUAACUGCUGGAUUAGAACCAAAUCUUCUGCCAUCAAGCUGGGUAGCGCCAGUUGGUUCAAUUUCACCCGAAUGCUCUUCGACAACAUCACCAUUGUCGAUUCUCAUCGAGGUCUGGGGUUCCAGCUGCGCGAUGGAGGAAGUGCAAAUGACAUUACAUUCUCAAACAUGAACAUAAGUACAAGAUAUUAUGAUCCUUCAUGGUGGGGAAGAGCUGAGCCAAUUUACGUUACGACUUGCCCUAGAGAUCCAGGCUCGAAGGAGGGUUCAAUCUCCAACGUAAACUUCAUAAACAUCACAGCAACCUCCGAAAAUGGGGUUUUCUUGUCGGGAUCGAAAUCCGGAGUUCUGAGUAAUCUGAGAUUCAACAACGUGAAGUUGACCUACAAAAGAUGGACAAAAUAUGGUGGUGGUAUAGCAGACUACAGACCGGGUUGCCAAGGCUUUGUUAAACAUGGGAUGGCAGGUAUGAUUAUGGAGCAUAUUGAAGGAUUGAGUUUCGAAAAUGUUGAUAUGAAAUGGUCUGAUGAUGAUGAUGGAUCAUUACAGUGGAAUAAUCCUUUGGAUUUUAGACCAUCAACUGUGAGUAACAUCUCUUUCUUGAACUUUCAUUCAGGUUAUUUAAGAGAAUGAAAGCUGUGGUUUAUUUGAAUCCUGAAAGUGUAUCUUCUUUUCUUUCUGUAAGAAUGUGUAUAGAAUAAUUGUACUCUGCAUUUAAGAGGUUGCUAUAUAGUGGUUUGUUGAAGACUUUGAUUAUUUGAA